AUGCUAUCAGACAUUCCUUAAAAUUAUUAAGACUAGACUCAAACGCUCUAUAACUACAAUUAAACUAUUUAUUCUCUUGAAUAAAUAGGAAUAUUCUUUAUAGUCAUAAGAUCUAUUAGAAUAGUACAAUAUUUUUUUAUUUUGAGAUUUCAAAUGUAUUACUUACUAACCUCUUACCAUUUAAAUUGAUUAUCAUGUUCAAACCAUAUAUGAUGAAUUUAUAUUAUUUUUGUGGAGUUGCCUUAUUUGCUUAUCUCAGAUUUGGAACAGAAGGUACUCAAAUACCUUAUGAUUAAACAGAUUAAACUAAUGGUAAGUAUUAUUAUCUCUUUGGAACUAACUCAAAUAUCAAGGUUGAAAAUUAAUAUUACUUAAAUUCGAAUUAUACUUCUAUGUUAUUACAUGAUUGUGAUUUUACCCUUUUUGUCCUAUUACUUUUACUUCUACUAUGCAUUCCUAAAUUGUUCACAGAAAAAUGGCCUAAAUUCUUCCAAGAACUAACUAUCUAUUAUUUGGAAGGGAGUAUUUUCGAAAUAUCCUUUGGUAGUGUUGGGUAGAUAACAUAAACUAUUCAAAAUUAAUCAAAAGAUCCUUUAAAUAUCAUUUUUUGUAUAAUUGGAGGUAUUCUACUAUUAUUUUAUCUUAUCUUUAUUAUGAGACCGUUGAUAGCAAUAAGAAAUGAAUCUAAAAAGGAUUUCUUGAAUUAUUUUACAAAAAUCACUAUUGAUUAAUAAAAUAGGAGGAUGUAUUUGAUUCAUUAUUUUAUUUUUAUAUUAAAUGAGCUUUUGAUGGGUAUAAUUCCAAUAGCGAUAAAUAAAUUUUUGAUAAUAUUCUAUUUAGAAAUAGGAAUUAAUGGAAUAUUGAUAGUAUUACAAUUUUUAAUGUUAUUAAAAUCUAAAAAUAUAAAGAAUAAGUUAAUAAAUAUAACAAACAUAAUAUCAUACUGUUUACUUAUCACAUCUUAUGUUUUAGUUUAAUAAGAAAAUUAUGAAUUUGGCUUUAUUGUAUUGAUAUUGUUAUCAAUAUAUUUCAUAUUGAAUAUAAUAAUUACAAUAUUAUAGAUAAUUAUUGUAAAAUCUAAAGACAAUAAUGUUGUUAUUAAAAAGAUAAAAUAGAAUGAACAAAAUAUAAAUUUAUAAACAAAUAUCGAAUUACAAUCUGUUACAUUAUAAUUAGAUUUAUCAUAAUAAAUAAACUAAACUGUUUAAUAAUAAUCUAAAUUUAUGUUGACUUCUUAAAUCUCAAAUAUUAAUCAUACUAAAUAGUAAAUGUCUCAAUUUAAUAGUCAUAAUACAAGUACUGAUUUUUUAAAAGAUGAUCAUCUUAUAAUUAAUAAUUAAAUCUUAAAAGAUCUUAUUUUAAUAAAGAGAUCUCAAAGUUAUGAAAUUACCUAGUUCAUUGAUAGUGGACAAAUUCAAUUGAAUAAAAUUCUUUUGAAAUUUAAAUUUAAUGUAAAAGUCUAUAAUGGUGGACAUGAAGUAGAUUAGAAAAUAUUAAAAAGAAAUAAUAUUGGAAAUAAGAUUAUUGGAGUUCAUACAUUUAUAUUAGAUUGUCUAUAAAAUUGUGUAAUUGAGGAAAUGUAGAUUAAAACUUACUAUAGUGGUUAAUUGUUAUAAAGAGAUAUUAAAUUGGUCAACAAAUAGAUGUUUAUUGGUCAGAAUCUUGAAAUAAGUCAUCAACAUUAAUUUGAAUAGAGUGAUUCAUGGAAUGAAAAGUUAGCCAUUAAAUUAAUUAUUGAUAGUAAAGUUUUUCGAUUUACUAUUUGUAAUAAUGAAUUAAAGUUAAUAUAAUUAUCUGCUCUUACAUUAAAGAGCAUAUAAAAAUUAAUAGAUAAUGGAAUUUAAAAGUAUGUAGUUGUGUUUGAACAAAGAAUAGAAAGAUUUAAUUUUGAGAAAGUAAUUCAAUUUUGUUAACAUUACAAAUUAUAUCGUUAUGAAAUAAGUUCUGCUGAAUCAGAGUAUAGGAAUCAGGAAUUAUAUUCUAAUUUCGGUAAAAUUUAAUUGAUAAUUCCUGGAACUCCUUAUAUUAGAUUGAUUCUUAGUAUUGAAUAAUAAAUUAAUAGGGAAUUUAUAAAUAAUCCUUAAUUUAUUGAUUCAAAUAUUGACUUAAAAAGAAUUUAGUAUAUUAUUGUUAGUAUUUAUGCAAAAAGAUCAUCUCAUUAAUUGGGUUAUGCACAUAAAAGAGUAUGUGAAUGUUUUGGAAAGGAACUUAUGAAUUAUUUUAACUAAUGA